AUGAUCGGAUCUAAGGCGACACUUCUCGGUGGACAGACAAAUCGGUCACUGGCCGAUUGGGUACUUGCAUCAGCCUUACCGGGUCAGUAUAUUAAAGAAACGGAAAAGGCGAGGAAAUAUAAAUCAGACUUCGAAAAAGAGAUCAGCGCUCUGAGCCUCGACUACGCCAAACUGAUCGCUCAAAAGGAGAAACUAGAAGCUCAGCUACUAGCGUUAAUCACGGAGAAUGAAGCUUGUAGAGCGGCUGCGGCUGAUGGAAAACGGCAAACCGGCCGCAACAAGGAACUCACUGAAGAGGCUGUUAAUCGUUAUAACAGUUGGAACGAUUUGGAAAUGGCCUCACGAAUGGAUAAAGCCAAGCUGCUUCAGCGAAUUGAAACCUGCUUCCAAGAAAAGAAAGAGCUUGCCGAAAUUCAGACCAAGAUCAAAUGGGAGAAGGACAAUCUGCUCAAAAGCUUGAAAAAAUCAACCAUGCAACUCGAAGUUUUGACAGAAUCGGUCAAGAACAUUCAAACAGUGUACGACAAAGUUCGUGCUCGCUAUGCCGUCACUCCGAAAUACGACACGACCCUCGGAGCCAGGAAGGAUAAGCUCACGGAUCUUGUCCGGACGUUGCAACAGGAUAUCGGUGAGGAGGUUAGUUUGUUGUUCCAUGGUAGAGGGGCCCUUAAUUUGUGCUAUUGUCUAGACAAACUUGAUAUGAAUAUUUGA